UCAUCUGUCAAAAACAGAAAAUUACAAAAUCUUGCGAAGCGAGCUAGUCCUAUAAAAAUUCCUAUUGUACUUAUUAAAUACAAAUAGUGUAAUAUCGAUAACAGGAAAAUUAACAUUUUAUUUAACUAGAGCACACAUUGUGUUAAUGAUUCACAUGUUUCGAAGUAACAAUGGCAAUGGCCGUGAACGUAGAGAACUCCGACACUCUAUCGCCAAAUGAAGAACCCAAAUUGAAAUAUGAUCGAAUGGGUAAUGAUGUGCAAAACAUACUACUUAAAGACGCAGUAAGCUGUAUUUGUGUGCAUACAAAGUUUAUUUGCCUCGGGACCCAAUGGGGUGUGAUACAUUUGCUCGAUCAUGAAGGAAACACGGUGCCAAUAUCUCAAGACAAUAACCAGAAAGAUUUGCAAGCUCACGCGAUCGCCGUGAACAAAAUCUCAGUAGAUCUCAAUGGAGACUACAUCGCAAGCUGCUCUGAUGAUGGGAAAGUGCUGGUAUAUGGGCUAUACACUGAUGAAAAUACACAUAACUUGACUCUAGGUAGAGUUGUGAAGUCUGUGGCGUUAGACCCUUAUUACUUCAAGUCUGGAUCUGGCAGAAGAUUCCUUACAGGGGACAACAAAUUGAUGCUUUACGAGAAAACGUUCUUAAACCGCUUAAGGAGUACAGUACUUUGUGAAUGUGAAGGCUACGUACAGGCAAUCUCAUGGCAUGAACGCUUCGUAGCCUGGGCUAGUGAGGUAGGUGUGCGAGUAUAUGACCUUGUGGCGAGAUGCUCCCUAGGACUUAUUCAGUGGGAAAAAAGUCCCAACCGCUCCAUAGAAGACUUCCGCUGUAAUCUUCUCUGGUCAGCUCCUAAGACCCUCAUGAUUGGCUGGGUUGACACCAUCCGAAUAUGUGUUAUACGCAAGAGAAGCCAAAUUGAACUACAGACUCGUGACGUAACAGAAUAUCUAGUUGAUCCAGUCCACACAUUCCAAACAGAUUACUACAUCAGUGGCCUAGGCCCAUUGGACGACCAAUUGGUAUUACUCGGUGUUCCAAAAGAAUGUGAUCCUGAAACUGGGAAAGCCCAAAGACCAGUUCUUUUACUAGCUGACUAUAAAGACUGUGAAUUUUGUGAAGUUUCAACCGACAGCCUCAAUAUAAGAGGUUACGAAGAGUAUUCAUGUAAUGACUACUAUUUGGACAUGCUCAUAGAAGAAAAUAGAUUUUUCAUAGUGUCUCCAAAGGACAUUGUAAUAGCGAGCCCCUAUGAUAUUGAUGACCGAGUGAACUGGUUGACUAAAGAAGGAAGAUUUGAAAAAGCUAUAUCAGUAUUGGAAGAAGUUGGAGGGAAAACAUCUGAGCAUUCAAUUGUAACUGUAGGAGUUCAGUACUUAGAUCACUUAAUGUCAGAACACCUUUAUGAAGAAGCUGCCAUUUUGUGUGCAAGAAUAUGUAAAAAUGAUAAAGUUAUGUGGGAAAAUCAGAUUCUAAAGUUUGUUGAUGUGAAGCAACUGAGAGCUAUCAGUGCUUACGUUCCUAGAAACCCCGAGCAAUGUUUGAGUCCACAGAUUUAUGAACUUAUCUUUUGUGAAUACUUAAAAGUGGACCCAAAAGGGUUUUUAAAACUUGUUCAGGAGUGGAGUCCUGCGCUGUAUAGAACCCCAGUCAUUGUAGAUAAAGUAUUAGAACAUUUAAUGAAUACAAAAGUUGAAAACAUCUACUUGGAAGCCUUAGCUUUACUUUAUUGUUACCAGAAAAAAUAUGAUAAAGCACUGACAACAUAUUUAAAACUACAGCACAAAGAUGUAUUCAAGCUGAUAACUGAUUAUAACAUGUACUAUGUGAUAUAUGACAAAAUUCUUGAUUUGAUCACUUUAGACUGUGAUAGAGCUAUCACUAUACUCAUCCAGGGCAGGGAUAAAGUUCCUGUUGAAGUGGUGGAAAAGCAACUCGAAAAUAAUGAUGAAUAUCUGUUUAAAUAUUUAGAUGCAUACAGUAAGGUUGAGUCGAAUGGACGAUAUCAUGGGAAACUUGUUCGGCUGUAUGCAAAAUACGACAGAAAGAAAUUGUUGCUAUUUCUGAAAUGUAGCGACAACUAUCCGAUACAAGAAGCUUUGGAUGUCUGUCAAAGCAAUGAGUUCUAUCCAGAAAUGGUAUUUCUUCUCAGUCGAAUAGGCAAUACAAGAGAGGCUUUACAAAUAAUAAUAGAAAAGUUGCAGGACAUAAACCAGGCAAUUUCUUUUUGUCAAGAACACAAUGACAGAGAGCUCUGGACGGAUCUCAUUAAACAUACAAUAGACAAACCUGAAUGUGUAACGUUACUGCUUAAAAGAAUUGGCAAUUAUGUAGACCCUAGGAUGUUGAUACAAAACAUUCAGUCUGGUUGUGAAAUUAAAGAUCUGAAAGAGUCCCUGGCUAAAAUGAUGUGUGAUUACCAUUUACAAAUGUCUGUGCAUGAGGCAUUUAAAGUAAUUACAUUAAGGAACUAUUUUGAUUUGCAAGAAAAACUCAUUGUGAAUCAGCAAAGAGGAAUAUCAGUUACCGAUGAGUUUCUUUGCAGUGUGUGCCAAGGACGUAUUAUAAUAAGAGAUCUGUCAGAGGCAUCAGAUUUAAUAGUGUACAAAUGUCGACAUUCCUUCCACAUAGAAUGUUUGGCAGACGGGGUUAAUCAAGACCACUGUAGUGUAUGCAGUGCUGUUAAAAUGUGACCGACAAACUGCUCAAAAUUAUUUGUAGAUAGGACUGUGUAUAUUAAAUUAAAUAUUAAUUCUAUUAGUGUACCUGAUAAGGCCCAAGUUAAUGAACUAAUUUAGUUUUUUACGUUUAUGUUAUCAAUUGUGUUGUUACAGUGCUUUUGUAUUGGCAUAAAUCAUUUUCCUCAUAUGUAAUUAAUUUGUGAUGCAUAUUCCAAUUUUGCUACAAAAUGUUAUUUUCUGAAUACCUAACAUUUUAAUAAUAGACUACUUAAUAUAAAUUCUAUAAUAAAUUUGAAUAUCCCAAUAAUA